CCUAUCUUCGGGCGGAUAUUCGCCAGGUUAAUAUGCCCGCGUUGCCCGUGUGAAUCGAAGGAGGAUAGAUUCGUCCCAUCCCCCGCGAGCGAGCGAGCGCGCCGGGACGAAGAUUGGGAAGGAAUGAGCGAUCACGCUCGCGAUUGCGACGAUGGCGUCGUCGCCCUGCCGCCCAGCGCGCGCUCCAUCUCCGCGCGGCAGGGUUAGGGCUGCGAGAACGGAGAAGGAGGAGGAGGAAGCGCCAAGCCCUUCACGAAAUCCAAGGUCAGGAAAGGAUUUUCGUGGACUAGGGUUCCUAGGAUCGCCAUAGGGGCUUUGGCGCAUUCCCUGUCUUUCGAAUCCAUCUCCAGCGGAAGAAUUACCAUCGCGGCAGAGUAAUCUUCACUCGCAAGCAUGCUGAUUCAUGUGGCGGAGAAUGGGCUCUCGUUUGAGCUGGAUUGCCAGCCAUCGACGAGCGUGGAGGACGUCCAGAGCUAUCUCGUGUCGCUCACGGGUGUUCUCCAGCACGAGCAGCUCCUCAUUGUGGGGGAUACACGGCUGGAGCCGCACAGGUCUCUUGGGUCGUAUCGCUUGCCAUCGCAGGAUCGAGCAGUGUUUCUCUUCAGCCGCCACAAGCUCAGCCCAGAUUGUCCCCCUCCACAGGCAGAGUUUGCGGAGAGAUUUUCCGAGGCGCUGCGAGAGCCGCCGUGCCCUCCACAGCCGUCUUCCACUGCUGGGAAUGGCCACCCUUUGGACGACUCGAGAGACCCGGCACUGCGAGCUCUACCUUCUUACGAGCGCCAGUUUAAGUUCCACCUCGACAAGGGUCGUGGGAUCUUGAGCUCCAGCCAGAAGAAGUUUGAGGCGUGUAGAACUUUACACCGCGAGCAGCAAGUCCAGGAGAUGGCGCUGGAGACGGCCAGAGCCAACAUGGAGCACUACUACAAGAUGAUCGACCAGCUCUAUCAGGAGUUCAUGAAACACUUUACGAGGCAGCACCGGCAGCACUCGGAGCUGCUGGCCAACUUUGACAAAGAUUUGGAGCGCCUUCGUCUCUGUAAGUUGCAUCCAGCAUUGAAAUCCGAGAGCAGGAAGACGUUGAUGGAUUGUGUGAAGGAAAGCAGCCUCAAGAAGUGGGCGGAGGACUGUGCCUUGUCGCAUAAGCAGUUCUUCGCCAAGGUGUCCCAGCUCAAGAACGAGUAUGUGAUCCUCCAGAGGAGUGUGGAGGAUUUGCUGGUGACUGGCUCAACUGUGGACGUGAGGCUGCUCGAGGAGACAAUUGACAAUCACCUGCAUUACAAGGAGGAGCAGGCUAGCAUCAUUCAAUCACUUAGCAAAGAUGUAAAUACCGUAAGAAAGCUUAUUGACGACUGCGUGAAUAGCCAGCACACAGCAUCACUUCGUCCACACGACGCCGUCUCGGCUCUUGGACCGAUGUACGAAGUUCACGAUAAGAGCCACAUACCCAGGAUGGAGGCCUGUGAUCGAGAACUGUGGAAGCUUUUAGAUACGUGUAGGAGGAGCAAGAACGCGAUGAGCAUGGGGGUCCAUAUGCGGAUGCAAAGCGUAGCAGCGCUCCAGGCAAGCAUCCGAGACAUGAGAAACCAACUCUCAGCGUUCAAAGAAGCCAUGGCUCGACAGGAUGAUAUCUUCGAGGAGCUCAAGGUUGUCCGAAAGGUUGGCUCCGCUUACAAGGCGUGUCUUGCCGAGGUGGUGAGGAGGAAAGCUUGCAUGAAGCUUUACAUGGGACAGGCGGGGCAACUGGCUGAGAAGCUUGCAAGGAAGAGGGAGAUGGAGAUGGCCCGAAGGGAAGAAUUUCUCCAGGUGCAGAGCUUGUACAUCCCGAGGGACGUGUUAGCCGCCAUGGGACUCUUCGACGCUCCCAGCCAGUGCAUUGUAAAUAUUGCUCCGUUCGACGUGGGCCUGCUCGACAUAGAUAUGGCGGAUCUGGAACGCUACGCUCCAGAGUCUUUAGUUGGUGCCUUGUACAAAGUAGCCGAGGGGGCACCGGAUAGCACAGAUGAUGGGGAGCUAGAAGAGAUAGCAGGGACUAGCAAACUGGAGGUGGAAAAUACGUGGUUAAAGGCGGAGCUUGCUUCGGCUAUUUCCACGCUGUGCAACUUGGAUCCCGAUUUCCAGCCCGAGGAGUCGGAGGGUCUGAGUGAGCAAGGCAAGGCUGGAGGUGACAGUCGGGAGACUAUUGCUGCCAGGAAGACGGCGGAAGCAUUGCAGCUCAAAGAUUUACAUGCGAAGCAGCUGCAUGGAAUGCUGGAUAUGAGGCAGCAGCAAUGCAACGCUUAUGAGAAGCGGAUAAGAGAGCUCGAGCAGAGGUUGAGAGAACAGGACGCGCAGAUCGAAAAGCUGUCGUCGAGCGGAAACGGUGAAGGUGGUGGGCUCAAGAAAGAAAUACUUGAUUUGUCCGAGAACUCUGGGCUGACGAAUGUUCGAAACUUGAGCAGUGCUGAGCCGAUGGACGAAGGCAGCAGCAGGCUUGCUCGUCUAGGGAGUUCGUGUACAGAGGCUAGCGAUCAGAUCGACGAAGGACUUGACGAGAACAUGGUCGUGGAGACCGAAACGCUCAAGAAACUGGAGGUAGACAAGGGAGAAAAGAAGAGCGACUCUGCGAGCGAGAAGGACAAGGAGAUAGCUGCCUUGGGAAUUGGUCUGAGCGAGAAGACUCAGAUGCUCAGUGCAGUGGAGGAGAAGUUUAAAGACGCCGUUGCGAAGACUGCUCAGCUGCAGGAAGAAGUGGACUGUAGCGCUGAACUUUUGCGAGAAUGCCAGAUGAACUGUGCUCACUUGGAGAAUCGAUUACACGAAGCAAGGGAAGAAGCAAGAACUAAUCUGUGUGCCGCCGAGCGCCGAGCGGCCGAGUAUGCGUCCUUAAGAGCGUCGAGCGUGAGGCUCCGAGGCCUUAUGGAACGACUGAAUAACUGCAUCUCAACUCCAGUGGACGGAGCUGCUGGCUUCGUGGAGUCACUAGCUACGCUCUCGAAUUCUCUGUCCAGCCCUUCGAAUGGUGGCAGUGAGAACCGGGAGGACCCGUGCUUGCUGGAGUUCCAGUCCUCGAUAAGGAUUCUUGCCGACCGAGUUGCGGGGAUCAUCCAGCAGAUGAUGGAUCGCUGUAGCUCGUUGGAAGCAGCGCAGAGUCAUCUCAACAAAGACAUCGAGAGCAAAGCCGAAAUGCUGAAGAACUUAUAUGCAAAGCACAAGCUGGAGAAACGGGCGAGGAAGGAAAAGAUCUGCUUCACUCGCUUUGAAGUUCACGAGCUUGCCGUGUUCAUGCCAAACUCGGCCGGCCACUGGGAAGCUCUCAACAGGAACUGCCCGAAUUACUACUUGUCCGACGAGUCGAUCGCGCUGUUCCUGGAGAAUUUGCCGAGCGGCCAGCAGUACAUCGUCGGACAGAUUGUUCACAUCAACCGGAACGUUGCCAGGCGCGCUCCAUCGCCAAGUACUAGAGAACCAUCGGCAGCUCCUCCAGGAGGCGGAGGAGGAGCAGCAUCAAGGCCUCGCUACAAUCCUUAUGGCCUUGGCAUCGGCUGUGAGUUCUUCGUUGUUACUGUGGCUAUGGUUCCGGAUCUUGCUCCACUCAGCUAGAACUAGAAUAAAAAGGAGCUUGAUGAUACGUAACAUUGGUUGGGUCUAGAAAGAAAUACCUUGACGAUAACUUAUGUAUAGUUCUUGUUGCUCCAUUCUAUGAUUUCAAGAAAGAAAAAAAGCAAAACUUUAGUCGAA